AUGUUGUUCAGCAAAAAGACUCUAUUCUCUCUGGCCGCUCUAUGUGUACAGUUCGGUAUGGCUCAGGAAGCCGCUGCUCCUGCUGAUUCUGCAGUCGUUAGAUUAACUUCUGAAAAUUUCAAAGAUUUCAUGGAACAUAACCCGCUAGUUCUAGCUGAAUUUUUUGCUCCAUGGUGUGGUCAUUGCAAAAAUUUGGCUCCAGAAUAUGUUAAAGCUGCUGAUAUCUUACAAGAAAAGGGCAUUCCAUUAGUCCAGAUUGAUUGUACUGAAGAUCAAGAUAUUUGCAUGGAACAAAAUGUUCCAGGUUAUCCAACUUUGAAAGUAUUCAAGAAUGGUGAAUUGAUCUCAAAACGUGACUAUUCUGGUGCUAGAUCCGCUGAUGCCAUCGUUAAUUAUAUGAUAAAACAAUCUCAACCAAAUGUUAUCACCGUGAACGACAAAAAAGAAUUAACUGCCUUCUUAGAAGAAGUUAAUCAACAUGUCUUAGUCUCCUAUGAAUCUGAAAAUUCUAAAUUAAAUGAAACUUUCUACAAAAUCGCCGAUAAUUUAUCUGAAGAUUACACUUUUGUAUCAUUCCCUGAUAAAUCAGUUAAGGAUGAUGCCGCAAAAUUAGCUCUCUAUGUACAAGGUUCCGAUGAACCAUCAUAUUUCACUGAAGUUUCAGAUUUACUAUCUGGUGACUUCACAAAAAUGGAAAGCUGGUUAUCUACAGAAUCUUUACCUUAUUUUGCCAGUAUGAAUGGUGAUAUCUUCAAGAAAUACAUGGAUAGUGGCUUACCUUUAGCUUAUUUCUUCUACACUUCCGAAGAGGAAUUUGAAUCUUACUCUGAUCUCUUCUCCAAGUUAGGUAAAGAAUACCGUGGUAAGAUCAAUUUCGUUGGUUUAGACUCCACUAAAUACGGUAGACACGCUGAUAAUCUAAACAUGAAGGAAUUAUUCCCAUUAUUUGUCAUUCAUGACAUAUCUUCAAACUUGAAGUAUGGUUUAGAUCAAUUAACUCCUGAAGAAUUCUCAGAAUUGACUGAACCUUACACUUUAGAUGAAAGUGAAAUUACUAAAUUCGUUGAAGAUUAUGCAAAUGGUGAUAUUGAACCAAUUGUCAAAUCUGAACCAAUCCCAGAAACUCAAGAAACUAACGUCUACAAAUUAGUCGGUAAGACUCACGAUGAAAUUGUCUUAGAUAGCGAUAAGGAUGUUUUAGUCAAAUACUACGCUCCAUGGUGUGGUCACUGUAAGAGAUUAGCUCCAAUCUAUGAAGAAUUAGCUGAUGUUGUUGCUUCAAACAAGAAGACUAACAACAGUUUUGUUAUUGCUGAUAUCGACGACACUGUAAAUGAUGUUGCUAACUUACAAAUCAAGGGUUACCCAACUAUCAUUUUAUACCCAGCUGGUCAAAAGGAUAAGCCAAUCACUUACGAAGGUUCAAGAAGCAUUGAAUCUCUCUUAACUUUCUUAGAAGAAAAUUCUGGUAACAAGAUUAAUUCUAUGAAAUUGUACAAAGAUUAUCAAAACGAUUUAAAGAUUGCUCAGGAAGAAGAAGCCGCUAAAUUAGCUGAAAAGCAAAAGGAAGCAGAAGAAGACGAUGAGUUCGAUGAUGAAGAAGAAGAAAUUGGUCACGAUGAAUUGUAG